AACAAUAUGCUGGACUUCGUGUUUGCUGUUGAUGAUUCUGUGACCUGGCACAUGAGGAACUUGUUAAAGAACAGGGGUCAUUAUUCAUUCCUAAAAGUUUUUGGACCAAAACAGAUAAGUAGUAUACAGAGCUAUGGAGCUGGGAUUUACUACAAUACUUUAGUGCCAUGUAAUGGUAGGAUGAUAAAAUAUGGUGUAAUUAGCACUGAUACCCUGGUUGAUGAUUUACUUCACUGGAAGACCCUCUAUGUCGCUGGACGCCUACAAAAACCGGUCAAAAUACUGACACAGAAUGAGAACAGCAAGCUGCAAGCUGCUCUCGUUAGCAACCUGAAGAGUGCAGUCACUGCAGCCUUCCUCAUGCUACCAGAAAGUUUCUCUGAAGAAGAUCUCUACACGCAGAUUGCAGGACUCUCCUAUUCUGGUGAUUUCAGAAUGGUAAUAGGAGAAGACAGAUCGAAAGUGCAGAACAUAGUGAAACCGAAUGUUCCCCAUUUUCAGAAGCUGUACAGUAACAUACUGCAGGACUGCCCUCAAGUGGUAUAUAAGCACCAUCUGGGAAGGCUAGAGAUUGAUAAAAGUCCAGAAGGUCAAUUUGCACAACUAAUGGCUUUGCCAAGAACUCUGCAACAAAAGAUAACUUCUCUGGUAGACCCUCCUGGAAAAAACAGAGAUGUGGAAGAAAUUUUACUGCAAGUUGCCCAUGACCCUGACUGCGGAUUUGUGGUGCAUCAAGGCAUUUCAGGAAUUGUGAGAUCUUCCAGCAUAGUGCAGAGUGCUAAAACCGUACUAACAGCUGGUAAGAAGAAAAAAAUACUUUAUAAUUCACUCUGGCUUUCUGCAU